AUGUCGUCGAUCGGAAUGCGGCGGGCUAGGUCGAAGACUAAGACAGCACCGGUGAAGCCCACGGUGGAUGAAACUUGUGACGAUUCAGAGAAUAGUCCAAUCGAUAUGGAGCUGUCAGAUGACGAGAAUUAUGCAGAGAAGCAGAAGGCGCAGGAGGAGGAAGCGAUCUCUUCCGGAGCUUCUCGUCCAGUAAAGAAAGCAAAGAAAGAUGUGUCGAGUGGUGAAAGCCGCUUAUACGGAAAACCUGUUCCAGAGACGGAAGCUCGAGAUCUUUGGCCUCACAGAUACAAAGAUGCGGGCGAUGACGAAGGGCCUGAUUACAUUGGUAGAAUUGUUGAAUUGUUUGAAACUGAAGACAGAAAACCAUAUUUUACCGCCCAAUGGUUUUUCAAAGCCGAAGAUACUGUCAUCAAUGAUCAUGCCAGUCUAAUUGACAAUAAGCGGGUUUUCUAUUCUGAAAUGAGGGACGACAACCCACUUGACUGUAUUGUUUCUAAGCUAAGAAUUGUACAAGUUAGUCCAGAUAUAACGAUGGGGAAAAUAGAGAGAACCUUGCCUCCCUGUGACUUUUAUUAUGAUAUGUCGUACUCGAUGGCUUAUUCAACAUUUGCAAACAUAUCCACAGAAAAUUCAAAAGCCAGUACUGAAACAUCGUCAACAAUUUCUACCGAUACCAGUUUAGAUGGUACAACAGAUGAAUGCAAGUCUGAUGCUGAGAUGACAUUACUAGAUUUAUAUUCUGGCUGUGGUGCCAUGUCAACUGGUUUAUGCCUUGGUGCUAACUUGUCAGGAGUAAACCUUGUUACUAAAUGGGCCGUUGAUUUUAAUGAAUUUGCUUGUGAAAGCCUGAAGUUGAACCACCCUGAAACUGAGGUGCGGAAUGAAACUGCAAAAGACUUUUUGGAAUUGCUGAAGGAAUGGGAAAAGCUAUGCAAGAACUUCUCUUUGUUUGGAAAAGAAAAAGUACCAAUUUCCAAAGAUGAUGAAGAUGAAGUUGAAGAUGAAGACGAAGAUGAAGAAGAUACGUCCACGAAUCAUGAAGAAGACUUUGAAGUGGGAAGGUUGCUUGGCAUUUGCUUUGGUGACCCAAAUAAAAUCAAGAAACGUGGAUUAUAUUUCAGGGUUCGAUGGAAGGGCUAUGGACCAAGUGAGGACACAUGGGAGCCUAUUGAAGGGCUUAGCAAUUGCCAAGAACGAAUAAAAGACUUUGUGACUAAUGGUGUCAAAUCAAAAAUCUUACCGCUUCCUGGUGAUGUUGAUGUCAUAUGUGGAGGGCCUCCUUGCCAAGGCAUUAGUGGGUUUAAUCGUUUUAGAAACAAGGAUAAUCCUUUGGCGGACUCCAAAAACCACCAAUUGGUUAUAUUUAUGGACAUUGUCAACUUUUUGGAACCCAAGUUUGUUUUGAUGGAAAAUGUAGUUGACAUUUUGAAGUUUGCUGGUGGUUUUCUUGGAAAAUAUGCCGUUGGUCGUCUUGUUGCUAUGAAUUAUCAGGCAAGGUUGGGAAUGAUGGUAGCUGGCUGCUAUGGGCUUCCUCAGUUCCGCAUGCGUGUAUUCUUAUGGGGUGCUCGUCGUAGUGAGAAGUUGCCUCAAUACCCAUUGCCAACCCAUGAAGUUGUUGUUAGAGGAAACUGCCCAACCAAUUUUGAGCAAAAUGUUGUUGCAUAUGAUGAGCAAAACCCUUGCAAACUAGAAAAAGCACUUCAUCUAGAGGAUGCCAUUUCUGACCUUCCCUCAGUACCUAAUGAUGAAACUCGAGAUGAAAUGCCAUAUGGGAAGGCCCCUAAAACAGAUUUUCAGCGCUACAUAAGAUUAAGUCGAAACGAGUUGAUGGGUGCUGCUAGUACUGGCCAAGAGGCACCAAGCACAUUGCAAAAGGCCUUGCUAUUUGAUCAUCGUCCUUUAAAAUUGAAUGAUGAUGAUUAUCAACGGGUUUGCCAUAUUCCAAAGCAUAAGGGUGCAAAUUUUAGGGAUCUUCCUGGUGUGUUGGUUCGUCCGGAUAAGAAAGUUGAGUGGGACCCAUCUGUUGAAAGGGUGUAUCUACCUUCAGGAAAGCCAUUGGUACCUGAUUAUGCAAUGACUUUUGUGAGUGGCUCAUCAUCUAAGCCAUUUGGUCGAUUGUGGUGGGAUGAAAUUGUGUCAACAGUUGUCACGAGGGCCGAACCACACAAUCAGGUAUUGUUGCACCCACAGCAAGACAGAGUGCUAACAAUUCGUGAAAAUGCACGUCUGCAAGGGUUCCCAGACUACCACAAGCUUUGUGGACCUAUCAAAGAAAGAUAUAAACAAGUAGGGAAUGCUGUUGCUGUCCCAGUUGCUCGGGCUUUAGGGUAUGCAUUGGGCCUAGCAUACCAAGGAAACACAGAUGAACGACCCACACUCACCCUACCACCCAAAUUUCCAAACCUUCUUCAGCGGGUGUCAUCAUCAAUUGAAAUUAAUGACUCUAAUUGUUCAAGUAAGGAUGAAUAAUUUUAAAGAUGGGCCCUUCUUUGUGAACUUG